AGCCAAACAAUUUUAACGGCGGCAAUAAUUUAUAACCUUUUUUGAGAUAAAAAAAUAAUUAUAUUUAUUAUGGAAUUAUGUAUUUUAUUAUUAAAUUAUUAUUAUUAAAUUGUGUAAAGUUACGUUUAUGAGAAACGAUAUCAGUAUCAAUGAUUAAACUGUUCUCAUUGUGAUUAUGAAUGUCCUUAAUGUUGCAGAAAAGAAUGAUGCUGCGAAAAAUAUCGCAGCCUAUUUGUCCCGUGGCACAUAUAAACGGAGAGAAGGAUUGUGGCUGUAUAAUAAAAUUUUUGAAUUUAAUUCGUAUUUGUGGAAUAAAAAUUGUCAUAUGAUUAUGACCUCAGUAUCUGGUCACUUAUUAAAUUGUGAAUUUGUUGGAAUAUAUCGUAAAUGGCAAAGUUGUCAUCCAUUGAGUUUAUUUGAUGCACCAGUAGUAAAACAAUGUUCACAAGAGAGUUCUAUUAAAAUUAAAAAAACUUUGGAAAAGGAAGUACAGAAAUGCAAUGCAUUAAUUAUUUGGACAGAUUGUGAUAGAGAAGGAGAAAAUAUAGGUUUUGAAAUAAUUCAAGUUUGUCGUGCGAUUAAACCAAAUAUUCGUAUAUAUAGGGCAAAAUUUUCUGAAAUCACACAAACAUCUGUAAAUAGAUCAUUACAAAAUUUAUGUGAACCAGACAAAGCAAUUAGUGAUGCUGUUGAUGUACGAAGUGAAUUAGAUUUAAGAAUAGGUGCAGUAUUUACAAGAUUUCAAACAUUAAGACUUAGGAAAGUAUUUCCCACAACUUUAGCUGAUAUGCUAAUUAGUUAUGGUAGUUGUCAAUUUCCUACAUUAGGAUUCGUAGUUGAAAGAUUUUUAGCUAUUGAAGAAUUCAAGAUUGAACCAUAUUGGAAAAUAAAAGUAAUGGAUAUUCGUGAUAAUAUUUCUGUGGAAUUUAAAUGGGAAAGAGGAAAAUUAUUUGAAAAAUUACCUUGUGAGAUAUUUUUGGAUAUUUGUUUGGAACAACCAAAUGCUACUGUACAAAAGAUAUCAAGUAAACCUACAAGUAAAUGGAGACCAUUACCAUUAGAUACAAUUGAAUUGGAAAAACAAGGAUCGCGUAAACUUAAUUUGAAUGCAAAAGAAAUAAUGAGAAUUGCAGAAAAAUUAUAUACUCAAGGUCUUAUUAGUUAUCCACGUACAGAAACCAAUAUAUUUCCAAAAGAAUUGAAUUUGAUUUCAUUGGUGAAUCAACAAAUAAACAAUCCGGCUUGGGGUAAUUUUGCACAACAAUUAUUAGAAAAAGGAGUAAAUCCUAGAAAAGGCAAAAAAAGUGAUCAAGCACAUCCUCCAAUACAUCCAAUAAAAUAUUGCGAUAAUUUAAAUGGUAAUGAAGCUAAAGUUUAUGAAUUCGUGGUCCGUCAUUUUUUGGCAUGUUUGUCAAGUAAUGCAAUAGGCCACCAAGUAAUUGUAGAGAUUGAUAUAGCUGGAGAAAAAUUUAAUGCUAAUGGUUUACAAGUUAUAGAGAAGAAUUAUUUAGAUGUAUAUAUAUAUGAAAAAUGGAAUGAACAAAAGAUUCAUAAUUAUCGCGAGGGACAAGUUUUUAAACCGACUAGUAUAGAGAUGAUAGAAGAGAAAACAUCUCCACCACAAUUAUUGACUGAAGCUGAUUUGAUCACUUUGAUGGAUAAGCAUGGCAUCGGUACUGAUGCUACUCAUGCAGAACAUAUAGAUACAAUAAAAUCACGACAAUAUGUAGGUUUGGUGGAUGAAAAAUAUUUAAUACCUGGAAAGCUUGGAAUAGGUUUAGUACUAGGUUACGAUAAUAUGGGAUUUCAAAUGUCUAAACCAGGCUUAAGAGCUGAGUUGGAAAGGGAUCUCAAGUUGAUAUGCGAGCAGCGAAAAAAUGCGAAAGAAGUAUUGGAAAAUCAAAUAAAUAAAUAUCGUGAUUUGUUUAAAAUAUCAAUGGAACGUGCUAAUUUAAUUGAUAAUGCUUUAGCUGAUUAUUUCGAUGAACAACCAACAAAAAUACAAGAAUUAGAAAAUAAUUUUCCAUCUCAAGAUAUUGCUAUUUUUAAAUGUCCGAAAUGUGGUUUGGACAUGACUCUUAAAGAUAGGAAACAAGGGAUGGGAAAAUAUAUUGGAUGUAUAGGAUAUCCAACAUGCAAUAAUGUAAUUUGGUUCCCACAAUAUAUCGAAGAUGUUGAAAUUACGGAUAAUAUUUGUUCACGAUGUCCAGGAAAUAUUCAUGAAUUAAAAUUUAAAUUACGUAAAAAUGCUUAUCCUAUUUAUGGUACGGAUUAUAAAACUUGCAUAGGUGGUUGUGAUCCUACAUUUAAUGAAUUAUUAAAUAUAAGGGAUUCAAAUAUCAAAAGUCAAAAUCCAAUAACUGAUGAUUCCGGUUAUCGCAAUACAUUUGAUAAAGCUAAUGUUUCAUGCUCAACUUCAAUAGGGAAUAGUGGAACUUAUUCGUUUUUAAAUAUUCGAAACGAGACAGAUUUAUCUGAAUGUAAUAUAUCUACAGAAUUUAUUCGAAAUCAAAAUAUUAAUCGCAAUAAUGCAAUGAAAUCGCGAAAUACCAAACAACAACGUAAUUUAAAAAACAAUACAUGGACUGAUAAUAAUAGUAUUAAUAUUUCGAAAAUAAACAAUAAUGAAGAUAAAAUAUGGGGUGACAUUGAUGAAAAUUCUGUUAUUUUAUGCAAUUGUAAUGAAAAUGCGAUUCAAUUAAUUGUAAGAAAAGAAGGACCAAAUCAUGGAAGAGCAUUUUACAAAUGUGCAAAACCUAUGAAUAAUCGUUGCGAUUUUUUUAUUUGGGCACCAGAUAAUAUGUCAGGUCAUAUACAAAACAAUACGAGUAAAGAUUCAAAUCUCGUUAAUACAAUUACGGAAUUGAAUGUUAAUAAUUACAAUGUAGCUACAAUAGUUAAAUGUAAUUGUAAUCAAUUGGCCACAACGCGAAUUGUAAAAAAAGAUGGUCCCAAUAAAGGACGUUCCUUUUAUACAUGUCCUAAGAAUAUGAAUGAAUCUUGUAAAUUUUUUCAAUGGGCGGAUGAAAAUGUUGAAGCCACGUGUAAUAAUACGUUUCAAGAAAAUAGUAAAAAAAGAUUUAAAAAAGACAGAAGCGAGCAACUUCAAAAUUUACAAAAAAGACCUCGAGUUGUUACUGGUAAAAGAAAAUGUGGAAUUUGCGGAAUAGAAGGACAUACAAGAAGAUCUUGUCCUGAAAACGCAAUGGACUAAAGGAGAAUGUUAAUAAAAUUAUAAAAGUUAAGUAACAA